AUGCGAACAUUGGAAUGGGACAACAAGGGAGUGAAAAUCGACGAUCCGCAAUUACACCAUCUUCGCUUUGCUGAAGGUAUCGUCCAUAUAUCACCAAACAUUAGCCAAGCGGAACGAAUGCUUGCCGACUUCGACAAAUUCUGUGAAAAGAAUGGUCUUCGAAUAAAUCUCACAAAACGAUGUUCACGAGGAACACAUUGUUCUCGAGUGCCCCUUUCACGCUUAACGGGCCGAAUAUCUCCGAAUGCUCUAGUUACGUCUCUAGGUCGCGAAAUCAACAUGUUGAACAGCUUAGCUCCGGAGUUGGCGGAGAAAAGGAGCGGCUUGGGGAGCUUUCAAGAGCAUCGAGGAAGUAGUGAGUAG